AUGGCCGACCACCGCCUGGUCGUGAUUGGCAGCGGGCUGGCGGGGCUGACGACUGCGCUUGAGGCAGCGCGCACCGCAACAGCACUCGAGGUGCUGGUUCUGGAGAAGAACCCGCAGGUGGGGGGCAACAGCGCCAAGGCCAGCAGCGGCAUCAACGCCGUCAAUCCCGCUGGGGGGGACUCGCCAGCCACCUAUUCUGACGACACGCUACAGUCGGGCGGCGGCCUGAGCGACUCGCGGCUGGUGGAACGCCUGGUGGUGAGGGCCUCGGCGGCCAGGGCCUCGGCAUUUGGGGCGUCUAGCGAGGACGCCCUCCGGUUCCUGGAAGCCCUGGGCCUCGACCUGUCGGUGGUGGUGCAGCUUGGGGGCCACAGCGUGCCGCGCACCCACAGCAACCCUUCCGGCCCCAACGUUGGCUUUGCCCUGGUGCGGGCGGUGGAGACGGCGGUGCGGCAGCAGCCAAACGUGCGCAUUGUCACCAAUGCCAAGGUGACAUCGGCCGCCUACUCGGCCGAUGGACGCUUGGCUGUGGGCUACACCCUUGGGCUCGUCGCCACCAAGCCUGACAGCGGCAGCGGGGGGGUUGGCGUUGCGCCCGAGGAGGUGACCGUGCUGUGUGACGGCCUGGUGCUGGCCACCGGUGGCUUCGCCGCGUCGCGCGAGAUGCUGGCGCGCUAUCGCCCCGACGUGGCGGGGCUGCCCACCACAAACGGGCCGUGGGCCACGGGGGACGGCGUGGCGCUGGGCGGCGCGCUGGGCGCGCGGCUGGUGCAGAUGGACCAGGUGCAGGUGCACCCCACAGGGUUUGUUGACCCAGGGGACCCUGACAGUGGCACCAAGUUCCUGGCCCCUGAGAAGCUGCGCGGCUGCGGGGCGCUGCUGCUUGACGACUCAGGGCGACGCUUUGUCGACGAGUUGGCGACGCGUGACGUGGUAACGGCGGCCAUCACUGCGCAGCCGCGCCACUCUGCCUGGCUGCUGCUGGGGGCUCAGGGCGCGGCCAGGUAUGGUGAGGGCACUCUGGGCUUCUACAGCAGCAAGAAGCUAGUGACCAAGGUGGAGAGCGCGGAAGCUGGGGCGCAGCACAUGGGCGUGGACGCGGCGGUGCUACUGCAGGAGCUGGCUGCACACAACACCCUCGCGGACGCAGCGGCGGCAGAGGCCGAGGCCGCGGCCGCGGCAGCUGCAAGAGUUGGGACGGUUGACCAGGGAGGGGCGCACCCUCCCCCGCGCGAUGUGACCGGCAAGCGCUACUUUCACGGCCGCGUGGACGUGAAUGCGCCGGUGUGGGUGGCACGGGUGAUGCCAGUGGUGCACUACUGCAUGGGCGGGAUUCAGACCAGGCCUGACGCCGCGGUGCUGGGCCAGGACGGGGCCCCGCUGCACCGAGUGUGGGCGGCGGGUGAGGUGUCCGGGGGCCUUCACGGCCGCAACCGCCUGGGCGGCAACAGCCUGGCAGAGUGUGCAGUGUUUGGUCGUGUGGCGGGGCGCGCCGCGGCUGCAGCCAUUGUCAGCAGCACCCCCGUAGCAGCCGGUCAGCAGGUGGCCCUGUGA